AUGUACGCACUACUGCAGCUUCUUGCCAUUCUCACUCUUCUUUGCGUUCACCGCGGUGUAGAAACCGCGGUAGUGGUGGUUGGGCAGAGGGAGAAACUUUGCUUGUGGGAUUUCGUGCCUCCACACACCCGUGCCACCUUUCAGUUUUAUGUUGUUGAGACCGGUGGCAAGGGAAUAAAAGCAACGUUGCAUGAUCAAAAUGGGACGGAGCUCAUGCAGUGGGAUAGAGCGUCCUCCGGUGAUCAUGAAGUACUCGCGAAGGUUGGUGCGACGGCUCUGCACGCUUGUUUUGACAACACAGGACCGCAUGAGGCCUCAAAACGAGUAUCGUUCCACUUCCGUUUUCACGUAGACUACAACUCAGUGUCUGAUGAAACAAAGCUGCUGGACCCUGUGGAACGGCUUGUGGUGACCGCGGCUAAGAGCAUGCGUAGGAUGCAGUUGAAGCAGGAACGUCUUCAGGCGCUUCAGUAUGUGCACAAGGAAACUGUUGACGCCACAGAGAAGUGGAUGAUGCUGUGGAGCAUUUUUCAGGCGAUAUCGCUGCUCUUCGUAACUAUCUUCCAGUUGUACUUCUUGAAGUGCUUCUUGGAGCGCAAGUCGUUUGUAUAA